GUUUUAAAAAGUUGUUGUUGUUGUUGAUUGAAAAAUAUAUUUGAUUAGAAUUAAAAGAAAUCAACCAAAAGAAAAAAAUGAUUGAUGCAACGGAUUUUCGUAGUGUAAUUGCCGCAUCAACAACGGAUAAUGGUCAUUCACAUCAUUCAGCAGCAGCUGCUGCUGCUACCGCUGCUUCAAUUCAUCAUCCAUAUCAUCCACAUCAUCAUAGUUCAGCGGCUAGUAUUCAUCAAACUGGUAUUCAUCCACAUCAUCCACAUCAUCCGCAUCAUUCAUUGACUGGAGGAUGUGUUGCUGGUGGUGGUGGUCAACAUCCACAUUCACAUCAAACAUUAAAUGGACGUAUGACACCUACCGGUUUUGUACAAACAACCGGAUCACCAUAUGCAACAUUAACACCAUUACAACCAUUACCACCAAUAUCAACAAUGUCGGAAAAAUUUCAACAUCAUUAUCAUGCUGCAGCGGCUGCUAGUGCACAUCAUCAUCAUCAUAAUCAUCAUUUACAUGGUCCACAUCAUCCAAGUAAUGGAUCAUCAGCUGGUUUUACAACAGCAGCUGCAUUAAUGCAUCAUAUGCAUCAUCAUGGAAUGACACAAUUAGAAGCAGUUUCUGCAUCCGUUUCCGAACAACAACAACAACAACAGCAACAACAGCAGCAACAACAACAACAGCAACAACAACAACAACAACAUGCUCAACAACAAUACGCCCAACAAUAUUCAACGUUGCAACGAAAUAUUCAACAACAACAGCAACAACAACAACAACAAGCAUCGGUUGUUGGAUCAAUGCUUGGAUCAUAUGGAUCAUCAAAUCCAUCGAUUGUUGGACAUCAUCAUCAUAAUCAACAUGUAUCAGCGGCGGUUGCAGCAGCUGCUGCUGCUGCAAUGAUAAACGGUGGUAAUCCAUCGGUAAUAACAUCCGUAUCAUCGGCUGCUAAUGCUGCUGAUUUGAUAUUAGGUGGUAGUUCCGGUAGUGGUGCAAAUGGUGGUAAUUCAUUACAAUCACCAUCUGAUCGUGGUAGUAUUGGUUCACCAUGUAGUGGUGGUCCAUAUGAUUAUGCUGGUACAUUAAGAGAUAUGUCCAAUUCAAUAACAUCACCAUCACCAACAGUUCAUUCAUCAUCAUCACCAAAUGAUAAUGGUAAUGGUAAUGGUCGUGCUCAAUUACAUUCACCAAUAUCAGUAAUGAACAAUAAUAAUAAUAUGGAUUCCGGUUCCAGUAAUAAUAAUAAUAAUAAUAAUAAUGAAGAACAUCAUAGUCCAGGAAGUGUUAAUGGACGUUUAAGUGUACAUCAACAUCAAAUAUCGAAUAUAAAUUCAUCAAGUCCAAGUCCACCACCACCAUCAUCAUCAUCAACACCAUUAUCAUUGAUUGGUCAUCAUCAUAAUGCUCAUCAUCAACAUCAGCAACAUCAACAACAACAACAACAACAAUUUCAACAUCAUCAUCAUCAUCCACUUCAUUCGAAUAAUAUUGAUAAUAUUCAUCCACAAUUAAUGAACGCAUCACCAACAUCUAGUUCCGGUUUUUCAUUACAUCAUCAUGCAGCAGCAGCAGCAGCAGCGGCUGCAGCGGCAGCUGCCGCUGCUGCAUCAAUUAUAUCACCAAUUAGUUCAAUUAGUGGUGGUGGUGGAAAUGGUAAAGAUAUUGAUGUUAUUGAUCAUCAUCAACAACAUCAUCAUGUAAAAUAUGGUUCAUCAUCAUCAAAUAAUGAUGGUGGCGGUGGUGGUAAUGUUGAAACAAAUUCAAUUGGAUCUGCUGAAUCAACAACAUCAUCAAAUGAUGAUCAAGAAGAAAUUAAUACAAAAGAAUUGGCACAACGUAUAUCGGCCGAAUUAAAACGUUAUAGUAUACCACAGGCAAUAUUUGCACAACGUGUUCUAUGUCGAUCGCAAGGAACAUUAUCCGAUUUAUUAAGAAAUCCAAAACCAUGGUCAAAAUUGAAAUCUGGUAGGGAAACAUUUCGUCGUAUGCAAAAAUGGUUAGAAGAACCAGAAUUUCAACGUAUGUCGGCAUUACGUUUAGCUGCUUGUAAACGUAAAGAAGAACAACAGCAGCAGCAGCAACAACAACAACCGAAAAAACCACGUCUUGUAUUUACCGAUCUACAAAGACGUACUUUGCAGGCAAUAUUCAAAGAAACAAAACGUCCAUCAAAAGAAAUGCAAAUUACUAUUUCACAACAAUUAGGAUUGGAAUUAUCAACGGUUGGUAAUUUUUUUAUGAAUGCAAGACGUCGUUCACAGGAUAAAUGGAUGGAAGAUCCACCAGCACCUGUAGCAACAUCAGCCGCAUCAUCAUCAUCAUCAACGACAGCGACAACAACAAACCAUCACCAUAAUCAUCAAAAUGGAUCAUCAAAUGAAUCGACAACAUCGAAUAAUAAUGCUCAACAACAUUUGAAUAAUAAAAAAAUUGUUAAACAUCAACAACAACAACAACAGCAACAUCAUCAGCAACAACAACAACAACAAUCAAUUAACGGUUCGGUACCAACAUCGGUAUUAUCAAUGGGAACUAAUGUUAUUGUAUCUUGUUCAUAGAGUUUUUCCGUUUACUGAUUUUGUUGUUGUUGUCGUUCUCGUUGUUGUUGUUGUUAUUAACCGUGUUGUUGUUUAUAAAUUUCUUUGUAGAUUCAUUUUUCGGUUAUUAGCCAUUUUUAGACAUUUUUAUUAUUUUCGCAACAUACAAGAUACACACAAACACCACUACCACUAUUCAUACAGCUAGUAUUGAAGUAAAAUAAAUCAAUAUGAUAUCGAUUGAUUGAUUGGUCGAUUGAUUGAUUGAUUGGUUGGUUGAUUUAUCAUUA